AUGCAGGAGAUCAUGCGCGGCCUGCAAGAGCGCCACGCAACAUCGCACGCGCAGUUCGAGGCCACAGAUACCAAGCUCACUCGCAGUCUGCGCGCGCACAACCGGGUUCGUGCUGGAUUGCGCACGUCUGGCAUUGCUUUUCAGGACACCGGCACCGCAGAUGCAGCCAGCUCAGAAGAGAGCUCGGAGGAACACACGAAGGACGUCGAGAUGGUCACAGCGGGGCCCAGGGCUACUGCUGAACCGGACGGCAAGAACCCGCUACUCGACGGCGCUGUGCGAGCAACCGAGUCUUUUGAUGUUCAAGCCAAGAGAUGGGGUAAGGCGUCUGAUUUCGGAUACCUAUACUUCGACCACUGGAAGCACAGGCUGACCCAUAAGAGUAACUACACGCGCUUGCGCUUCACACUCGAGGAAUUGCUGCCAAGGCUUAUGGGGGCUCGAGACUAUGCAGGUGCUGCAAAAGUGUUGGCGGUGAUGUACCACCGGUUUGCGGUAACGCCAGCUCUGUGCAUCGAGGCCAGCCUCGAGAUUCUUCGCCGACAGCCAGAUUAUCGUAAUGAUCUGCUGAAAUUUUACGAGUCAGCAUUGAAAUCACGGCGUAUUGAUAUGGAAGAGGCAGAGGAUGACGCGAGGUUACUUGCAAACUUCGGUAUUCUGUGUUACUGGCUCAUGUUUAUCGAGUCGAAAGAGCUUCGUGAAAGACUCCAAAGUGAAGACAUGGAUGAGGAAGAAGAGGACGAUGCUGACGCGGACACAAACGAUGGCAAUGGCUUCGACACGAGCGAAAACAUCGAGUCAGUGAUCGAGUCCAGUUACUUGUUUAAGACCCCGAUUGGAGUGCACAUUCUGUACCAGCACUCCAACAGUGCACUGAGGCGUGCAGUGGCGCUGAGUCCGAAUUCCGCUAUGUUUCUGGAGCACCUCGUACAGCUACUGGUACUGGUGGGAGAUAUUCAGCCGGCGUGCGAUUAUCUCGAGGCCUUUUUCCAUCUGAACCCUGAAGAUCCUCAUGGACCCAGAAUGCUUGCAGGAUUUUUGGAAAGUUAUUACCCGGAUUCCGUGGAUGCUCAGGUUGCUGCAUUUUCAAGCAGAUGGAUGAAGAAUGAUCCUUCUUGUAGUUACCCGCUGGAAAAGAUGCUUGAGCUGUCCAGUGCCGGUGCCGUCUCAUCAUUUUCGCUGACAGCAGCUCUAGUUGAGGCACUUGAUACAUGCGGUAGUGACUUGUACCUCGUUGAAAACCCUGAAGGAGCACUGGCGCUGUGGAGAAAUCUGGCGGAGCUGCUUGCAGCAAUGGACGAGGAUGAGUUUAUGCAGGCUCAGAUCGACAGAGACCCGCUGCAGCGGAAAACAAUUGCAGAUGUGGGAGAAGAGCGUCAAUGGUGGAAACGAGUCUAUUUUGCCAGGCCAAGCUCAGUGGACGAGGUCGCAGCUCUCGCACAACGAGAUACUACUUUCAUGGAGGUGUCAAUUUAUCGAGCGGCUGUAGCAGAUCGGCUUUUUCCUGGUCUUCUUCCGAUGAUGGAAGCUCUGCGCUCUGCAAUGUCUGCAUCGAAUGUGGCGUUUAGUCAAGAACAUCGUCGCCUGUUUAAAAGGUAUCAAACGGAUCUAGCUAACCUCUUGUUGACGGCGCGUAUAUCGUUUUCUACGAUGCCAUUCAUGCAUGUGACGGUCACCGCCGACAAUGAGCGACAAAAGAAUCGUUCUUUGCCCGUUUUCAAGGGCAGCUCGGACACCCUUCACGUGAUCGACCGAAAAUCUAUUGUGGAAAAAGAGGUCAGUGGAGAUAAAGCGGAAGUCGUGGUAACGGGAGCUGGGGAAACAAACGAGAUUGAUCCCAAACUCGUGGAGGAACUAUAUGAAGUAUUGGAAUCUGAAGUUGGCUAUUCAACUGCCAGCACUUUACGGUCCCGGCGAAAGCGUAAAGCUGAUGACAUUACGCCAGCUGCAUCGACAUUGAUUCCAGCGUACGUCGGCAUGAUCGAGGAAGAAAUCUUAAGCAAUCCGGAUGCCUCUUGGGUGCACGUCAACACGAUACUACACGAAAAGCUGCGUCGCUCGGACAUGCUGGUACCGACAUCAACCGUGGUGAAGCAAUGCAUGGAAUUUUUCCAGAAUCGUUUGAGGACGAAUUUAACAGCGUACGGCCACGGCGGUCUGAUGAUACGAUACGAGGAAUUUAUUGCCACCUAUGUGCGCCGUCAAAGAGCAAAAGGCCAGUACGAGGUGACAAAAGACGGAGCCAAGGAAGUCGUCGAGUUAAUGAAGCGAGCUUUGCCCAGCCCGCACCCGUACUUCCCCAGCGUGGAGAUCGUGGAGGAGACCAUGCGCAUUAAAGCUGGGGUAUUUUCUCGACAGCGCCGCCUUCGCUUGAUAGAGAUCAAGAAACUAAUGAAAGCCGUCCUCCGGAAACUAGUGUACGUUGAUGAAAAGAUCUUUGUGGAUGCCUGGGAUUCAGUUUGCCAGCGAAACGGGCUUUUCGGCGUGGUUACCCGUACCGAUAUUGCGUGCGCGCUACAAAUCAUUCUACCCCGACACUACUACACGGUGCUGGAGGAGAUUCCCUAUAGCGUGAUGCGAAGACUUACUUCACCAACAUUUCGGAGGGACUGCAACACAGCCGAAGAGAUCCACGAGAAACUCGGGAAAGGUCGACGAACUCUUAACGAGGUCAAGGCGCUUUUGUGGGUGGAGCGGUACGAGGCCUUGUACGGCCCCUAUUACGAUGAGGAAGACAAGGGCGAGAGUGAUAGCGACAUCAGCGACAGCGACUCAAACGUCAGCAGUGUCAGUGUCAGCAGUGUCAGUGUUAGCAGUGUCAGCAGUGACUCCAGUAGCAGCGAUAGUGAUAGUGAUAGUGACAGCGACAGUGAGCUCAGCACCGAUGACAAUGAUACCGGCUCAAGUAUCCUUGAGCUACGUGACGCUACGAAGAAGGAGCAGGACACCAAAGCCGUCACCGAGGUCAUAACAGUUCAGGACUCACCGAGCGAAGGCGAAAGCGGACACGCAAGCAGUAGCAGUGAUGAUGCCGAUUAUGAUGAUGAUGAUGACGAAGACGAAGAUGGUGAUAACUAG